UCCUCUGAACACUUUGUUUUGUCUAGAAUAUUACUUGUGGGGCGGUUGGGAGUGCGAGAGAGGAGAGGAGAAAGGAUUAAAGCAAAGAAAUGCUGCCGUUUCUUCAUGCCACGUUCCUGAUUUUAGCUUUGGGAGCCCUAUUCUUGCCGGCGGCCUUGGUUUUUUGUAGCUUGCCAGUGACUUUGACGGUUGAGAGAGCUUUUCCGGUGAAUCAUGGAAUUGAAUUAGCUGAGCUCCGAGCUCGGGACAGGGCAAGGCAUCACCGAAUCUUGCAGAGUGUAGGCGGAGUGAUCGAUUUUCACGUCGAUGGCACCUAUAAUCCCAUGACCGUCGGGCUUUAUUAUACGACAGUGAAAUUGGGGUCUCCUCCGAAGGAAUUCUAUGUUCAGCUUGAUACUGGAAGUGACAUCUUGUGGGUUGCUUGCAAUCCCUGCGAUGGUUGCCCAAUAUCCAGCGGACUCAGUAUCCAGCUCAAAUCAUUUGACCCUACCACCUCGACCACAGCUUCGGUUAUAUCUUGUUCUUCUGAUACAUGCUCUUUAGCGGUUGCGGAGACAGCCGCUGACUGCUCUUCUGAUGGCUCACACUGCAGUUACUCAUUCCAUUACGGUGAUGGCAGUGGAACAUCAGGUUAUUAUGUAAUGGACAUGUUUUAUUUCAACACAAUUUUCGAGUCUUCAUUCUCAAAUUCCUCUGCUUCCAUCGUUUUCGGAUGUAGCAACCACCAGGCUGCUGACCUGACCAAGCCAGAUAGAGCAGUUGAUGGAAUCUUUGGGUUUGGGAAGUCUAAGUUUUCUGUCAUUUCACAACUGUCUUCACGAGGAAUUGCGCCAAAAAGUUUCUCCCAUUGCUUGUCUGGAUCAAAUGCUGGAGGGGGCAUAUGGGUUCUCGGUGAGAUUGUGGCUCCUAACAUCGUUUAUACUCCUCUUGUUCCAUCACAGCCUCAUUAUAAUGUGAAUUUGCGGAGCAUUGCUGUCAAUGGGCAAAUGCUACCCAUUGAUCCAGCAGUGUUUGCAACUUCAACCAACCAAGGAACUAUAAUUGACUCGGGAACUACUUUGUCAUACCUUGCAGGAGGAGCUUAUGAUCCUUUUGUCACAGCAAUAAGUAACACUGUUUCACAAUCUGUCCGUCGCUUAGAUUUUAAAGGAAACCCAUGUUAUCUCAUCUCCAGCAGUGUUGAAGAAAUAUUUCCUGUGGUUUCUUUAAACUUUGAGGGUGGCGCAACUAUGGUUCUAAGACCAGUGGAAUACCUUGUACAAGAGAGUGGUGAUGUAGGUACUGAAUUAUGGUGCAUUGGUUUUCAAAGACUAGUAGAUAUCUCGAUGACAAUUUUAGGAGACCUUGCUUUAAGAGACAAGGUAUUCGUUUAUGAUUUGGUAAAUCAGCGGAUCGGAUGGACUGAUUUUGACUGUUCGUCAUCUGUAAAUGUCUCUGUGACUUCUGGCUCAGGUGAAAUUGUCAAUGCAGGACAGCUGAGUGUCAGCGGUUCAUCACAAAAUGUACACCGUGUGCUGAUAACAGUCAGCAUUGUGGCUUUCCUUGUGCGUAUCUGCCUUUUUGCAGAGUUUCUAUUUUUGUAGCUUUUAAUUUUAAUACAAUUGGAAAUUCCAUUCUUUAUUUGAUAUGUAUUGCCUCCGCUGAUUUUAUUUA